AUGGGCGGGGUGCGGUUCGCGCCGGGGCCGUUCGCGUACAAUGCGCGGGUCGGGCUCGCGCUGUUGCCGCCCCUCAUGAUCCUGGCGAACUGCGGCGGGCAGCUCGUCCUCGGAACCCUGCUCGUCGGGACGCUGUGCGCCUACAUCCUGGACGCGACGGGCGUCAAGGAGGGGGCCCUGGCGUCGCUCUGGGGCACCAUGAUCCUGUCGAACCUCGAGCUCAUCCUCACGGGCGCGCUGUCCGAGGGCCACCGCCCGACGCUGCUCACGCUCCUGCUCACCCUGGCGUCCACGUGCCUGCUGCUCCUGACCGGCGUGUGGGCGACGCUGCAGUUCCGGUGGAUCCAGGUCACGUCGCCCGCCGCGGCCGUGUCGCUCGAGCGCCUCCUCCUCACCGCCGCGGGGCCCGUGGCCGCCGUGCUCCUCGCGUGGUGGCUCUCCGUCGCCGUCGGACCGUCCCUCGCGCCCUUCUACCUCCUCCCAGCGCUGCCGGCGCUGUACUUCAUGCUGGGGCGCGCCCUCGUGAGCUCGUUCCACCGCCCGGCGGGCCCGGAGAGCAAGGCGGGCCACGCACCGCCCGCGUCGGCGCUCGCGGUGGGGCCCACCGAGGCGCUGGUGGCCUUCCUGGUGUACACGCUGCUGCCGGCGGCGCACUACCUCGGCACGCACGCCUUCGACCUCCUCCACUGGGAGGCGCUGUGGUCGCUGAUGCUGCUGGUCUCCGUGCCGCCCCUGGUGAUGCUGUCGGGGCACCGCGGCGUCUGGUGGGCCGAGGAGCUGCUGUCCGCGCGGGACGCGCGCAUCAUACAGCACGCCGGGCAGGCGCUCGCCGGCACCGUGGCCCUCGCGGGCGCCCAGGGCCGGAUCAUCAUGCCCAGCUUCGGCCAGUACAUCAAGGCCCCGCCCCCGUGGAACCACGUCGAGGUGUCCGUCGCGCUGUUCGGCGGCGCGCUCGCGGCGGCCGGCGUGCUGUCCGGCUGGGUGAGGCGGCGCCUGCCCGCGGGCACGUCGAGCGUCAUGGUGCUGCUCGCCGCCGCCGCCGUCAGCGUCGCCGUCGGGCUGCCGAUGUGGCUCACGCCCGCGCCGAUCGUCGCCGCGGGCUGCCUCGCGUCGGUGCUCGAGGACUUCGACCCGUCCAUCUACGCGGCGUUCGUCGUGCUGUCCACGGCCACGGGCGGGUGGCUGAUGCGGCACCACUUCGGGUUCCUGGACGUGCGCGUGGCGGGCGUGCCCCUCUCCCACGUCAACGCCGGCGCGCUCCUGCUCUUCCUGCCCGCCCUCGCGCUCCCGGGGAUGGUCUACUGCCGCGCCCCGCGGUCCGCCGUCGCCGCCGCGAUGCUCGCGCAGGCCGCGGGCGAGCUCCUGCUGGAGGAGCACCUCUUCACGUCGGGGCACGGCGAGGAGCACCUGUACCCGCCCUGGCUCGUGGUGGCCACCUCGGUGGCCGGCGCCGCGGGGACGUACGCCGCGGAGAGCUCCGGGCGGCUCCCCGCGGUCGCGGCGUGGGCGCUGCACUGCGCGUACCUCUCCAAGUCGGCCAUGGUGCUCCUGCCGGAGGUGUCGGUGGCCAAGGAGGCGCUCGCGCUCGCGCUGGCCGUGUCGCCGCCCGUGGCGCUGUACGGCGCGUCGACGCGGCAGCUCGACGGCGCGCGGCCGCUGUCGCGCGACCGCGAGGGGCUGCAGCGCGCGUCGCUGGGCGCGGGCGCGGCGUGGCUGCACGUCCUCGGGAUGGUCGUCGCGCUCGCGUACGCGCGCUUCUCGUUCUUCGACGUCCUGCGGCGGCUCGUCGGCGCCGCGCCCUCGCAGGCCACCGUCCUGGGCGUCAUGGCGCUGGGGCUGGCGCUGGGCUGCGCGCUCCUCGUCGGCCGGUUCUUCCCCUUCAGCACGAGCGCCCGCCUCGGCGUGACGCUCGUCGGCGUCAUCGGCGCCCUGCUCGUGCUGCUGCGCCCCCCGCUGCCCGUGCACGGCGGCGCCAAGUGCCCGCACCUGCCGUUCGGGCUGUGCCCGCGCCUGUGGGACGCGUCGCACGUCCCGGACAACCAGAUCGACGACUACGCGAUCUACGGCCCCGCGAUGGGCGUGCGGCGCCACUGGCCGCUGUGGCUGCUCAUCCUGGCCGCCGUGCUCAUGCUCGGCGCGCUGGGCGGCGGGCGGCAGGCCGGGCAGCGCCAGGCGGCGCGCGCGGCGAUCCGCGGCGGCGCGGGCAUCGCGGCGGGCGCGCUCGUGGGCGGGUACGUCGCGCUGGAGCUCACCCCGGGGAUGCCCGCCAUCCAGCUGCUCAUCUUCGCGUCCACGAUGGCGACGGCGCUGUUCGUGUGCAUCCUCGAGCUGCCCGUCGCGGUCGCGGGCCUCGCGCCCGUCGCCAGCCUCCCGUGGCUCAUCGCGGUGUGGGCCGCGUGCCUGCCGCUGGCGCUGCUCGCGACGUACGAGGGCGGGGCGGACCCGGGGGGCGCGGCCGCGGAGGCGGCGGGCGCGACGGCGCGCGACGCGUGGGCCGUGGUGUCGGAGGAGCGGCGCGAGACGUCGCGCGCGGCGAUCGUGGCGGCGGCGGCGUCGCAGGCGCUCAUCCUGGCGCUGGCGAUGAAGCUGCGCGUGAGCCGCGCGCUCGGGCCGGGGGGCGCCUCGGACGGGCCGGCGCGAGGGCAGGCGGGCGCGCGGGGGGCGGCGGGCAAGCCGAGCGCGUUCACGGCGGGGUCGAUGGGGGCGCUGCAGCGCGUGGCGGGGUUCCUGGGGUCGUCGUGCGCGCCGGGGCGGUCGGCGGCGGCGCCCGUGGACCGCAUGGCGGGGAUGUCGGGGGGCGGGGGCGCGUGGAUGAAGCUGGCCGCGGAGGGGCUGGGCUGGCUGCCGACGGCGGGCAACGCGGCGACGCUGCUGUGCUUCGUCACGGGCGCCGUGCUGUCGCGGUGGUUCAUGGACCGCGCGUCGCUCUCGGUGCUGUCGCUCGCGCCCGUGCUGCUCCUGCUCAACCAGGACGCGUACCUGCUGCCGAACCUGACGCAGGCGCGCCGGUACGCCCCCUUGGCGGCGGCGGUGUCGUCGGCGCUCGUGGCCAUCUCGCUGGUGGAGGCGGUCUCCAGCGCCCCGGUCGACACGGGCUCCGACGUCCUCACGGUGGCGCGCAGCUCGCAGUCGUCGUUCUUCCCGCUCCUCGCCGUCGGCCUCGCGGUGCCCAGCCACCUCAUGCUGGUGACCUACCUGUGGACGCGGCGCUGGGUGCCGGCGUACCGCGUGGCGCUCGUGACGCCGCUCAACAUCGCGUCGCUGCUGAUGACCGGCGGGGACUCGGGGCAGGUCCUCGGCGCGCUCGGGCUCGCGGGCGGCGUCGCGCAGUUCUUCAUGAUGUACUCGAGCAAGGUGCAGGGGCUGCGGAUGGUGUGA